AAUUUAAAUAUUGAAUUUACUAUUUUAGUAAAUUUCCCAAAUUUUUAAUAUUAAGUAUAUCAACUGCAGUUAUUAUUUUUAAUAAAUGUAAUAUUUUCUUAAAAUAGUGAUUGGAGUAAAUUAAUUGUUCCAAAAUACAUUUUACUCAACUAUAAUAUUUGGUUUAUUUUUUAAUUAUUGUUACACCUAAGAAAAUAUGGAAAAUUCUAUUCCUAUUGAAAUCCAUGCCCAAAAACUUGGUGAAUGGCUGAUGAACAGAAAACAUUGUAAAAAAGACUGGCAUGUUCAUAUCCAACCGAUCCGAGAGAAAAUCAAUUCGGCCAUCCAGGAUAUGCCUGAACACAAGGAUAUUGUAGAAUUGUUAUCCGGAACUUAUAUAAAUUAUUUCUACUGUAAACGUAUUAUCGAAAUACUAAAAGAAACCGAAGCUGAUACAAAGAAUUUGUUUGGGUCGUACGGCUCGCAGCGAAUGAAAGACUGGCUGGAAAUCGAGCGGCUUUAUUUGAAGGACAAUAUUUAUUUAGCUGAAGCGGCUGACCUUCUUAUACAGAACAUUAAAUUUCACAUACCAGCGAUCAAGAAGCAAAUAGCUAAAACACAAUCGGGGCAAACUGAUUGCGAUAAAAAAAUUGAAGAUUAUACUAAAAGUAUUCAAACGUGUAAAAAAGACCUGGAAACAAUGCGUAAGCAGUUUUCCAUUGUCGGCGAUAACGUAAAGCGUACACUCGUAGAUAGAUUAAGCGAACUUCCCAAAGUAUACCAAGAUGUCAUAGAUAACGCGAAAAAUUUGAAAAAAGCCAACAUUUAUUUUUCAAAAUUUGCUGUGCAUGUUUUAGCACCAGACACCAGUUUACCAAUGCUCCAGUAUAUAAUAAAUAAUGGUAACACUACCUAUUACGAAUAUUUGUAUGGGGAAAAACCAAGUAGAAUCGAAGAAUUGGUCAUUCAUGUCGAAGAUAACGCGCAAGAAAAUGAUGCAGAAGACGAAGAAAUCGAUUGGGGAGACUUGGAUGAUCAGACUGACAAUAUAGACUAUGGCAUUACUCUAGAAGAGAGCGGUAUAGUCGUUGAAAGUCCACAAGUUGAUGGAAGCGUAGCUAAAGGAAAUGAAGCGUUAACAUUGUUGGACAACUAUCAGACGAGAAACGAAUUCAUCAACGAUAUUCUAGAACUGGAAUCAUUUUUGAAUAUGAGAUUAUUGGAGUUGUCACACGAUACAAACUCUAUACUCUCCAUUCAACUCGAAGACGAAAUCAGCGAAUCAAAAACCGAGUUAGUAGGAAUGUUAGACAUAGUUAAGUUGAUCAAGCAAAGACUUAACGAUCCGGUUGUCCAACAUCUACUGCAAAUCAAACAUUCCCCGAGAUAUUUAAAUAAAUUGGAAUCGUUGUUUCUUCAAAAAGUCAACAACAUAGAAAAAAUGAUUAACUCACAAAUCGCCGUUACCAACAUGAAACAAGAAUUGGUCAAUGAAUACAAUCAACUUGUACCAAAAUUGAAAUUGAUCCAACAAAAAAACAAACAGCUCAUCAAAGAAAUCGAACAUGAUAUAUCUGCAAAGUACAAGAAUCGUCCAGUUUACUUAAUUGGAACUGCAGUAUUUGGUUCAUAAAAAAUUGUUUUAGUUUUUUUGAAGUUUGAUAAAUAUAUUGAUGUUGUAUUAAAUUUUUUUUUGAAUAAAUGUAUAUUACUUUUUA